AUGUGUGGCUUUGCCUCCUCCUCCUCCUCCUCGUGCCUGCAGCAGCCCUUCCCUCCUCCUCCCCUUUUUCUCAUUCCCCUCCCGCAGACAAGCGCUGCGCUACCACCACUGCAGUCAUUCUUCGCCAAACUCAGGCACACACACGCCUUUCUCACGCCAUGCACCGCCGACUCCGCGCCGCGCCGUUUCUCCCACUGCUGCUGCUGCUGCUCGCGAUGCACUGCGCCAGGUGGGUGCCGCGCCGCUGCACACCGCCGGGUGUUCGACGACACGGUGCCGAGGAGGGGACGGCCGGCGGCAGCGGUGGUGCGUGAGGUGCCGCGGAGGGGGCAGGGCGCGGCGCAGGCGUACACCGUCGCCGCAGCAGUAGCGGCGGCAGGAGAAACGAGCAGCGAGGGCUGGGCGCCCAUCCGCAUCGUGGUCUCCACGAAGGACCUGGAGGACGAAACAAAGUACUGCAGGGCAGACGGGGAGGAGAAGCCGGACUUUAAGGGCAGGACUGAGGUUUGUGCAGAUCAGUACGUUCUGACCGCGGAUUGGAAUGGCACCCUGGUGAACGAGGUCAUCCCUGUGGCUGUCCAGCUGCACGCGGAGCGCCUGCUCGUUCAGCGCGUGCAGGGCCCGUUGCAGGUGCCCGAGUUCACUGACACGUCUGGGCGUUGCCGGCACUUCAAAGUCCCCGAUGAGCAUCGAACAACGGGAGUUGCCAAUGCGGACAUGGUGCUCUACGUGGCUGCCGGGGCGAGUGACGAGACGUGGGCGGUCCCGUGUGCGUUUGGGUCAAAUGGUCGUCCGGUUGCCGGUGCGCUGCAUGUCUCGCCUUUUCAACAUUUGUCUGUCAUGCACUCUGCCCGCGCCGCUGCGCAGGCCAUCGCUCAUGCGCUUGGCUUCAGCGUGCAGCAGAUGAGGGCGCGGGGCAUGUUGUUGGAGAACGUCACUAAUGUGCGCGGCAACCCCAACCCUGUGACGGUGGUGAAGUCGCCUGCUACGCUGGAAAAAGCUAAGGCGCACUACGGCUGUGACACUCUCAAUGGCAUGGAGCUGCACAAGAUGGACGGUGCGGUGCAACCCUACUGGUCACCGCGCAACGCGAAGGACGAGCUGAUGAGCGCUCUCGGUGGGGUCACCGCCGGCCUCUACACCGCGCUGACGAUGGCGGCGUUCGAGGACCUCGGCUACUACAAGGCCGUGUGGGGGAUGGCGGAGCCGAUGGCGUGGGGCAACAACUCCGGCUGCGACCUCCUCAAGAGCCCGUGCUCGGAGGGCAGCCCUGCCAAAUACCCCCCGNAUGUUCUGCGAUAA